ACGGCGCUUCGUUGUGGGGCUUUUUUCUCACCUCGCCGUGUGAGUACGUGUGGUUCACACAUCUUGGCGAACGGGUGUAUGUGCGUGCGUGUGUGUGUGUGUGUGUGUGUGUGUGCGAAUAGUGAUUGCCGAUUAGUGUGCGUGAAAGUAAAAUUAAGUGCGUGCUGGGCAGGAAAAACAAAACGCGCGCGUGUGUUGGUGUGUGCGUAUGUGUGAUUUUGGAAUGCUUGCCCGUGUGCGCGCUACAACGCACUGUGGAUGAAAGUGUGUGCGGCAUGUGAAAUAAAAAAUCAGUUCAAUGGUGUGAAAAAUGCACUAAUACAACCCGCGCUCUGUGGUUAGAAUUAGAAUGAAAAGUGUUAGUGUGUGUUGUGUGGAGGAAAAAUAGAUAGAGCGAGAGAGGCUGAGCGGCCGAAUCAAUAGCGGCAUCAAUGGAAAAGAGAGGAAAGGAAAGACUUCUUAAGCCCCGAAAAUGCAACCGAAAGCGAAAGGUCAUUGUUGCGCUUGAUAUUGCUUAAAAAGAACAUUUGGAAGUGGAAUAGAAUUGAUGAAGACAAACUAGUCGCCUCACACUAGUAGCUGAUUAAAAGACAGAUAAAAUGACUUCGAGAUUGGAUCGGUUGUUUAUUUUGCUCGAGUCGGGUUCGGCUGCGGUAACGCGCAAGGCAGCGGCCAAACAGAUCGGCGAAGUACAGAAGCUACAUCCGCACGAGCUACACAAUCUGCUUAACCGUCUGCAGGCGUACCUGCACAGCAAUAGCUGGGAUACACGUAUCGCUGCAUCGCAAGCCGUCCAAGCGAUCCUUGCCAACGUGCCGCAAUGGGAACCGAAAGGAUUGCCGAGCCUGAAGCAAGAAACAAAGGAGGAAACACCGUCGGAACAGCUCGACGAUGACGAGGAAGAUAAGUCGUGCGAUUCAUCCAGCACGCAUGGCAGUAGUAACCGGAACGGCCACAACAACCAUCGUCUUUCGUUCGAUAAUUUCGACCUGAAUGCGGUGCUAUUUAAAGGCGCCCGGUUGAUGGGUUCGGAAGGAACCGAGUUCGAUCCGCUGGACGAAAACGAGAUGGUGGAUCUGCGGGAAAAGCUUGCCCGGCAGCGGGCAUUGCUGAAUGAAAAGCUUGGCCUAAGCAGUGGACUCAACAUCGACGAGUUGGUAACGCUCGAUGAUGUGCGAAACAAUGGAAGCGGAAUGUCGGGCAAUCGGGACCAUCAGACGGGUGCGGGCGGAGAACGUUUGGUACCGGUACAGGAGAUACUCCGUUUGAAUCGCGCCGAUUCGGUGGAAGGGCUAAGCUGCCGGGAGAAAAACCGUGCCCGGCGGAAGGCACGUCAGCAGCAGCAAGCAUUUCCGACCCCGCUCGGUACGGUCGGUGGUGGAGGAGUAUCGGGUGGAAGUGUUGUCGUUCCUACUUCCAUCGCUGGAAAUGGUUCGAAUGGCCUGGGAAUCAAUCUGACAUUAGCAAACACAGGACAGCUAGACACAAAUACCGGUGAACCUGACCGGAAGCGGAUUAAAACGGAAAAAGGUGACAUCAUUACGACGACAGUUGCUGGAGGACCUGGAGGUGGCGGUAGUGGGGCCGGACCGGGUAUGGCGGGAACCUGGACGGGAGAGGCAGUUCCCGACCUGACCGGGGCAUGGGUCGAUGCUACCGAUUGGCCGCUGGAUUCGUUUUGCUCCAAACUUUUUCUGGAUUUAUUUAGCCCACGGUGGGAAACUCGUCACGGAUCGGCAACGGCUUUGCGUGAGCUGCUUAAAUCGCACGCCGACGGUGGCGGCAGAAGUGUAUACACGACCAAAUCGGAAAUGGACCGUCAGCACCAGCUAUGGCUGGAAGACGCCACGCUCCGUCUGCUGUGCGUGUUGGCAUUGGAUCGUUUUGGAGACUUCGUGUCGGACCAGGUGGUAGCGCCGGUCCGUGAAACAUGUGCACAGGUGCUUGGAACGGUCCUACGUCAACUACCGCUAGCUAAAGUGCACCAAACGGUUGCCAUACUGUUGACGUUCGUGAAGCAGAAAGAAUGGGAAGUCCGGCACGGCGGUCUGCUCGGCAUCAAGUACAUGCUGGUCGUACGGGAAGAUUUAAUACAAACGUUCCUGCCCGUCAUUAUUAACGACGUGCUGACGGGGCUGUUCGAUGCGGUUGAUGAUGUGGGUGCUGUUGCAGCAUCCACCCUUAUCCCGAUCGCUACGUGGCUACCGAAGCUACUCAGCCGGGCACAGGUAUCGCACAUCGUGAAGCUCCUCUGGGAUCUGCUGCUCGAUCAGGACGAGUUGGCUUCAGCGUGCAACAGCUUCAUGGGACUGCUCGCAUCCAUUUUAAGCCUACCAUCCGCAUCAAGCUGGAUACAGAUGGAACCAAUGUCGAUAUUGGUGCCACGGCUUUGGCCCUUCCUGAGUCACUGCAGCUCUUCCGUACGGCGUUCCACGUUGCAAACGUUAAAAACACUUACAUCUGUCUCUACAGAAGAGGGAACCAACGGAGGUUCUACAACGCCGCCUUCUUCCAAUGGCAAAACGGAACCGGCGGAUAGUGCUGUGCUCAUCGUGCCCGACUCGGAAGAGGCGAAGUUGGGGCUUAAUUUCGGUGUUAAAGAUUGGCCACCGCCACUGCUGCAGGAAGCCCUUCGGCAUAUCUUUCAGCGCGUGCUCGUUGAGCAUGUGGAGGACAUACAAUCGCUCGCGGAAGAUGUGUGGAACAAUCUGGUUGUGAAUGCGGAGCUGUCCGCGCUACUGCACGCCUCCUGCCCGUACGUAUCCAGCUGGCUGUGUCUCGCAAUGCAACCGGUACGGUUAGCAUUCGAUCCGGGAUCGCUGAUCUACGCUAAACCAAGCCAGCACCAGAGCGGUAGCAAUCGUGAACGAAGACCCCGUCAAUUCGACUCCUUUGAUACGGGUGGAGCGGCCGGAGGAGGUGGCGGUCAUUUAUCAUCGUCCUCGUCGUCCGGUUCACUGCAUCAGAAACUUUUCCUCGGUGGUGCCGAAACCGUACCGCUCGAUGUACGGGAGAAGAAUGUGAUUCGGGCACGCUGCAAAGCCGCCCGGAUGAUUGGUGUGCUGUCUCGGUACCUGGUGCUGCCGGCGCCAGGCGUCACCUACACACCCGAUAUGGAAAGUCCCAUCGAUUGCUAUACCAAAGUGCUGAUCGGAUACCUUCAGUCCCGUUCGGCCCUGCAACGUCUGAUCAGCAGCCUCGUCAUUGCAUACUGGUGUUCGGUCGAUAACACGAUUCAGCCGGGACCGCCGGUACUGCAGGAACGAUUGCGCGCCUGCUUGAACGAGUACGUGUACUACGACGAGGUGGGCAUCUUGUUCACGCGCCUGUUGCAAGAAUGCCGUGACUAUAUGGCCACACUAAAACAGCAUAAGGUCCAGCUGGCCGAGUACGAACAGCUGAAGGUGCUGACGCUUGAUCAAAUCUACCAAAUAGCGACCGCCAUCGGUUGGUCGGCUGACGAGAUGCGCACCAAAUACUGCCUCAAACCGAAGGUGGCCGAAUUGUUGGAGGAUCGGCGCCGCAGUUUGCUUGGUUCGCAUUCCGCCACCGCACUAGAGCAGACGACACUGCACAUCAGCACCCAGUCGUCGGUGUCCGGGGCCGUCGUCAGCUUGCACUGUCUUCCGGACCGGCUGAACCCCGUCGUCAAACCGCUGAUGGAAUCGAUCAAGCGCGAAGAAUGUGAACUGCUGCAGCGGCUUUCUGCGAAAUAUUUAAGCGAUCUGCUCGACCAGGUGAUCACACGAACGCCGUGCCCGAACAGUAAAAUUGUCACGAACCUUUGCACGCUGCUCAAGAGCGAUCCCGAGUUUACGCCCCGUGUGCUCUGUCCGGACCAGGAACUGCAGCACUUUGAUGCAGCAAACACGGAGGAAUCUAAUCCCUACCAUGGCAUUCUGACGCUCACCAAGCAGAACCAGCGCUGCAAAGAAAAUGCCGGCAGUUCCGGUGGGUCCAGUGGAGGGUCAUCCCGAGGACCGGGUAGACCUGCGGCUGCUAGCACUGUGGCAGCAGCGCUCGACCUCUCGUCGUCUGCCAGUUCGUCGAACAGCACCAAUGCAGCGCUGGAUGAACUGUUGGGCCCGUCCGAAAGUGAAGAAACGCAGCGGAAACACGCACGGACCCAGCGACUCGGUGCAACGGCCGCCAUUACGACGAUAUGUGCCCAGUUUGGAUCGCAGUUGCCCCAGAAGUUGCCCAUCGUGUGGGAGCUGUUGCUGGACAAAAUUCAAUCGCGCGUCGAUGACGCAUACAUCGAUCGGUUGGCACUCGACGUCAUUGCACAGGAUGAUACGAACGAUUUCAUGACGUCCCUGCAGCUGCUGGAAGUGUCCGCUCCCUAUUUGAACGUAUCCCUCCACAAGGAGCUUUUUGAGCUGCUGCCAAAGCUAUGCCUUCUGCUACGCCAUCCGCUGAAAGGUAUCCGGCACAUGGUUGGAAGGUGUUUGGCUACGCUGGCAGCAAUUGACGCGGCAACCGUGAUGACGCUCAUCAUUAACGAUGUGGUGCCAUUGCUGUCCUGCAUCGAAAGUGUCAUCAAGAGGCAGGGCGCUGCGGAAGCCAUUACAUGCAUAGUUAACCGACUGCAGUUCGAGAUUGUACCGUAUGUGGUGCUACUAGUGGUGCCACUGCUCGGCCGCAUGAGUGAUCCGGACCAGUCGGUAAGGCUCGUUUCGACGCACUGCUUCGCGACGCUCAUUCAGCUGAUGCCACUGGAUGGACUGGCGUCGGACAGUGGCGGCACACGUAACCUUUCCGAGGAUCUUCGGCAGCGCAAAAUGAAAGAUCGACGGUUUCUGGAGUAUCUGUUCUCUCCCAAAACAAUCCCAGACUUUGAGAUACCGGUGAAGAUCAAUGCGGAACUGCGCAGCUAUCAGCAAUCCGGCGUGAACUGGCUGUGGUUCCUGAACCGCUACAAACUGCACGGCAUCCUGUGCGACGACAUGGGCCUGGGGAAAACAUUGCAAGCGAUCUGCAUACUCGCGGCGGACCACCAUCAGCGCAGCCUGGAGGCGCACUGUGCACAGCUGCCGAGCAUCGUUAUAUGUCCACCGACGCUGACCGGGCAUUGGGUGUACGAGGUGGAAAAGUUCCUACCGAGUCGGUUCCUGCGGCCGCUCCACUACGUCGGUUUGCCGGGCAAUCGGGAGCAGCUGCGACAGAAGCUUGGUACGUACAACCUGAUCGUGGCUUCGUACGACAUCGUGCGGAAGGACAUAGAGUUUUUCAGCUCGGUGCACUGGAACUACUGCAUACUGGACGAGGGACACAUUAUCAAAAAUGGGCGCACGAAAAGCUCGAAAGCGAUUAAGCAGCUGGUGGCGAACCAUCGGUUGAUACUGUCCGGUACGCCCAUACAGAACAACGUGCUGGAACUGUGGUCCCUGUUCGAUUUCCUAAUGCCGGGCUUUCUCGGCACGGAGAAACAAUUUAGCACAAGGUUUAGUCGGCCCAUAUUGGCCAGUCGGGAUCCGAAGAGUUCACCAAAGGAGCAGGAAGCGGGUGCGCUCGCAAUGGAAGCACUGCAUCGGCAGGUGCUACCGUUCCUGCUGCGACGUGUCAAGGAGGAUGUGUUGACUGAUCUACCGCCAAAGAUAACGCAAGAUUUGCUGUGUGAGUUAAGCCCGUUGCAGGAGCGGCUGUACGAAGACUUUAGCCGGAUGCAUCUGCAUUCGUCCGAUAUUCGCGAAUGUUUGGAGAACAUUGACGGGCAGAUGGCGGGACCGGCCAACAAGAAGACACACGUGUUCCAGGCACUAAGAUACCUGCAAAAUGUGUGCAAUCAUCCAAAGCUGGUACUUUCUCCAUCCCAUCCGGAAUAUCAGAUGAUUGUGGGCGAGUUCACGCGUAACGGCUCGUCUAUGGACGAUAUUGACCAUUCAGCGAAGCUUCCCGUCUUAAAACAAUUGUUGCUCGACUGUGGCAUCGGUACGAAUGAGGAUGUGUCGGUGAAUCAACAUCGUGCGCUCAUAUUUUGCCAGCUGAAGGCGAUGCUUGACAUCGUCGAAAAUGAUCUCCUGAAGAAGCACCUUCCGGCCGUGUCGUAUUUGCGGCUGGAUGGAAGUGUACCGCCCAGCACGAGACAUCACAUCGUAACUAAGUUCAACGGUGAUCCAAGUAUCGAUGUAUUGCUCCUAACCACACAGGUUGGUGGUCUCGGUUUAAAUCUCACCGGUGCCGAUACCGUCAUCUUCGUCGAGCACGACUGGAACCCGAUGAAGGACCUGCAAGCGAUGGACCGUGCGCACCGCAUCGGUCAGAAGAAGGUCGUUAACGUGUACCGGCUGAUAACGCGCAAAUCGCUCGAGGAGAAAAUUAUGGGCCUGCAAAAGUUUAAGCUGCUCACGGCCAAUACGGUCGUCAGUGACGAAAACGCGUCGAUGGAUACGAUGGGUACGGAGCAACUGCUCGAUCUGUUCACGCUCGCGGAUGACAGUGGCAAGCAGCGCGGUGCGGUUACUGCUGCACCAUCCGGUUCAGACAGACGUCUACGUUCUUCGGCGGCAAACAAUAGCGGAACGACGGCCGCUAACGUCCCCGAACUGGAAGCGAACGGUAAUAGCGGGACUGCUAUUAAGACGGUACUGGAAAGCUUACCGGAGCUGUGGGACGAUAGCCAGUACCACGAGGAGUACGAUCUGUCACAGUUCCUUGAAGGGUUGAAGAAAAACCGUCAGCAGUAGUUGAACACCGCUUAGCACGGGACAACCAUUUUCAACAAAGCGCUACCAACGGGGAAUGACACAUAUGAUGUGUGUAUGUGUGUGUGUAUCUGGUCAUAGCAAGGAAAUGGGGGAAUAUAGUAUCAAACAUAUGGUAAGAUGAUAGAGUGUAAAAUGCCUAGAGCUAGGGAGAAACGCUGGAGUACUUCUUAUCACAUCUCAUCGAAUGUGCGUUUGUGUUAGCUAAGUUAUACUACUACUGUUUUCCACUAUCGCUACAGCUAUCUUCUUAACAAUUUAUUUCCUCCGUUUUGAAAUUCCAUCCCAGACAACAAAACAGAGCAGACCGUUGGUAGAGUUGUGGAUAGGAAGAAAAAACGUGAGCCUACAUUUUACUAUCUAUCUUUAAGAUUCUAAAUGCAUACAACACUAGUUGCCACCGCAUGUCGUACAUUUGUAAGUUUCCCCGCGCAAAUGGGAAGAACUGGAAAUUAUGUAUUUAAACACCUAGAAUAAAGAGUGAGUUUCGUGAGUAUAA